AUGGAGAGUAAAUGGUUGACAUAUGCUGAUUUAUUGUUGGAAGACAAUGAAGGUUUUAAAUUACUGGUCAACUCACCACUGUGUGCUAACCACACCUGCCACUUAGCUAUGCUGCAGUUUCUCUUUGAUGGUAGCGUGACAUCCAAGUGUGGAACAGGUGAGUGAUGCCUCCAGCGACCUGGCAGGUGCAAGGAAAACAGAGAAACCCAAACAAGACGUACCCUGGCUGCAUUUGGUUCAUAUUAUUUACCUUUAAUGGCCUCAUGGCUGUCAAAGUGACGCAAUGGCUUAAAGAGUUAUAGGUGAGUGGUAAUGACUGUCCUUGAGCUAAUGAGGCUUAAUUGCUUCAAAUUUGCAAAAGUCUUUGAAACAGGCUCUUGCUGCAGCCCAUUGGUGGUGGGUGGAAGGUAAUAAUAAUAAUAAUAAUAAUAAUAAUAAUAAUAAUAAUAAUAAUAAUUUAUUAUUUAUACCCCGCCCAUCUGGCUGAGUUUCCCCAGCCACUCUGGGCGGCUCCCAAUUGAGUGUUAAAAACAAUCCAGCAUUAAAUAUUAAAAACUUCCCCCAAAAGGGCUGCCUUUUAAAGAUAGGAUAUCUGCUUAUUUCCUUCACAUGUGAAGGGAGGGUGUUCCACAGGGUGGGUGCCACUACUGAGAAGGCCCUCUGCCUGUUUCCCUGUAACCUCACUUCUCACAAUGAGGGAACCGCCAGAAGGCCCUCGGCGCUGGACCUCAGCGUCCGGGCAGAAUGAUGGGGGUGGAGACGCUCCUUCAGGUAUACUGGACCGAGGCCGUUUAGGGCUUUAAAGGUCAGCACCCACACAUUGAAUAAUGCUCAGAAACGUACUGGGAGCCAAUGCAGGACCGGUGUUAUGUGGUCUCAGCUGCCGCUCCCAGUCACCAGUCUAGCUGCUGCAUUCUUGAAUAAUUGCAGUUUCCGGGUCACCUUCAAAGGUAGCCCCACAGAGCGCACUGCAGUAGUCCAAGCGGAAGAUAACCAGAGCAUGCACCACUCUGGCGAGACAGUCUGCGGGCAGGUAGGGUCUCAUCCUGUGUACCAGAUGGAGCUGGUAGACAGCUGCCCUGGACACAGAAUGGACCUGCGCCUCCAUGGACAGCUGUGAGUCCAAAAUGACUCCCAGGCUGCACACCUGGUCCUUCAGGGGCACAGUUACCCCCUUCAGGACCAGGGAGUCCCCCACAUCCGUCUGCCCCCUGUCCCCCAAAAACAGUACUUCUGUCUUGUCAGGAUUCAACCACAAUCUGUUAGCCACCAUCCAUCCUCUAAUUGCAAGAGAGCAAGUUCAGGAAACCAGGUUUAGGGUUUAGGGUUUAGGGUUUAGGGUUUAGGGUUUAGGGUUUAGGGUUUAGGGUUUAGGGUUUAGGGUUUAAGGUUAGGGUUAGGUUUAGGGGUUGGGGUUGGGGUCAUGAAGAGUCGGACACAACUAAGCGACAAAACAACAACAACAAUAACAAGGAAAAGCGGGACAUUCCGAGAUCAAAUCAGAAACAGGGACAGCUUUUCUAAAUCAGGGGUGUUCCUGGAAAAUAGGGACUCUUCAAGUCUGAUCUACUAGUCCAGGAUCCUGCUCUCUCAGUUGUCCAUGAGAAGUCCGCAAGCAGAAGAGGAGUGUAGCAACACUCUCCUCAUUUGUGAUUUGCAGUAAUUAGAAUUAGGAGGAUUGAGGAAGGACUUCAGCAUCAUGGCUAGUUGCCACGGAAGGUCUUAUUCCCACUCUGACACUCAAAUUGCACGGAUCAGAGAUAAUCCUGACAGAAGAACUUGGUAGUCGUGGAAGGACUCAGGAAAUCUUAAAUUGACUGCUGCCAGCUGGCCUACACUUGGCCCUUGUUCCAGGGGAGGGAGGCAGAGAUGUUUCUAUGGGCUGGAAGAGGCCGUUUCAACUCAGAAGUGCCUACCCAUUCUCCACAAGGCUGACCACACAAAGUGUUCAUUUUGGAGCUUGGCUGAUGUGGUUGGGACCUGCCAGUAUCAGCGCUCAGUUUGACACCCAUCUGACCUCUAAAUGGGAUAAAUGGAAUGAGGAUGUCUUCUUCUAAAAUCAUCUCCUGCCAAGGAGGUGCCAGUUAUUUCCUCUUGGGAGAGAGUCAGAAACCACACAAGCCUUCUCAGACCCUACUCAGAUGAAGGAUGUCAAAACUUGAUCUUGAUCCCCAGAUCCUGGUGUCACCAUCUUUCUGAUUGGCCAGGUUGAGCCACGUCAGGCAAGCUCUGUCCAUUGGGAAGGGGAUAAAAACUGGAGGUGCAGGACUCCUCUGGAAGCAGGGAAGUCUCAGUUCCAGUUGGGGGAGAAGAACCUGUGUCUCCUGUCCCACCAAGAGCAACUGACGCUUCUGCAGAUCCCGAGAAAGAGAGGCAAGGUAAGUCAAGAAAACCCACUGGAUAUGAUUAUUGAAGCCUAGAACACCUCCCAAAAAAGAAUGUCUGGACCCUGAAUGCCCCACAGAAUGGGCAUAUCUAAAACCGUGGUUUUCUUUUCUUUUCUUGACAUUAAACGUCAGUUAGGCACUGUGGCGAUCACACAGGGUCCCCAGACAUUUAACGGUCUAUUGAUCCCUGUGCCACCACUGUGCUUGCUUCCCUGCUGUCACCAACCAGUUACUCUCUGGUAAAACACUGAGUCCAGUCAGUUGUUAAAAGUGAGCCAAAAAAACAAGUUUAUUUUACAAACAAUAACAAGUUUAUGGUUUCUCAGAUAAUAUUCCUGUCAGUAUCUUAACUUUAGUUUCUUUACUGGCCUAUACCUUCCUAAGGGACGCGGGUGGCGCUGUGGGUUAAACUACAGAGCCUAGGACUUGCCGAUCAGAAGGUCGGCAGUUCGAAUCCCCACAACGGGGUGAGCUCCCGUUGCUCAGUCCCUGCUCCUGCCAACCUAGCAGUUCGAAAGCACGUCAAGUUCGAAAGCAGAUAAAUAGGUACGGCUCCGGCGGGAAGGUAAACGGUGUUUCCAUGCGCUGCUCUGGUUUGCCAGAAGCGGCUUAGUCAUGCUGGCCACAUGACCCGGAAGCUGUGCACCAGCUCCCUCGGCUAAUAAAGCGAGAUGAGCGCCGCAACCCCAGUCGGCCACGACUGGACCUAACGGUCAAGGGUACCUUUACCUUUACCUUUACCUUUCUAAUACCUUCUGACUGAUUAUCUCAACUGUUUGACUGACUCCUCUUAACAAAUUCUUUCUCUCAUACACACACACCAGACUAGCCCAACCCACAGACUUAUCCUGUCUCUUCUAACUCCAGACUGUCUUCUCAACAACUCCAACUCUAACUCACUCAAAAACCCUCUGGGAUUAAACCUUAUACACAGCUAACUCUACCCCCUGGGUUCCCAUGGGUUAGUCAUUUUACAAUUAGUUAACCCUUUCCCUAUGAACCCAGUAUGAUGUCACACACAUUGGAGGGCAAACGCCACAGGCACCUCUAGCACUUUGGAGAAUAAGAGUUCUCCAGGCCAACCCAAUAGCGCUUGUUGCAGGAAACCGCCCCCCCCAAUCAUUCAGUUUGUACAAACACCACACACACACACACACUACAUAACCGACGCUUCUGUUAUAAAUUCAGCUGUUCUUCGGACCUGUACCAUUCCACUUUUAUUUUACACCAUGAGGGAAGGACUAUCAAAGGAGGGAGACUUGACACAAGGCAGCCAACACGUCCACAGUGAGCCCUACCCAGUUGGCAUGACAACCUUGAUGGUCCUAGACAGAAGACCAUCACACUCACAAAGGACCUGCAUAUGGGAAUGGAUUCAGUACGGACUGAAACACAGGACAGUGACCAGCCCUUCCCUCUAGGGGCAGGAAACAGUGAAGUCCACUUUGUCCUCAAGAAUGUAAUCAGGGGCAGGGGGAAAGGAGGAACCGGCCAGGUGACAAGACACUCAGGUUACCACCACAACUCCUCCCUGAACCCCUCCUCUUUGUGAUGUGUCAAUGAUGGAGUCAUGAUGGAGUUGUGAUGUAGUCUUAGGGGUGUAGCGUGGGGGAUUAGUAGCUAAUAAAAGUUGGGGUCUUCUUUUGUUCAGGGCUUCCAUCUUGUUCCACCUUGUGGCAGGUGGGAGUCCUGUUGCAACCGUCUUCAAUAAAGACCAAGCCGACUGGCUGCUGUUUUGCUCUGGUAUUCCUGGCUGGUGUCCUUGUUUUUUGUCCAAGGGAGCCAUUGGCUGCUAAGGAGGAACCGAACCCUCACAGCUCCAGCCUAGUCUCCCCCUGACUGCCUUCUCUGCUCCCUCCUUGCAGAUGCUCCUCGUCUGGACUUUGCUGCUGCCCCUGGUACUUCUGGCACGGCGUGGGGAGGCCCAGAGCUCCGAGCCUGACCUGGAAAGUACCAGUAAGAGCGGGGAAAAGGGAAUGGAAAGGGGUAAUCGCCUGUGGGCAAGCAAAAUGGUGCCCCUCCCCGCGAACAGAGGGCACUCUUAUUCCUCCCCCAACCAAUGGCUUAUAAGCUGGUUUCUGACAGUGAAAAUCUGGAGGUCACCUUACUCCAUGCAUGGGUAGGUGGCCUAGGAGUUGGGGGGGGGGGUGGAGCAGCAAUGAGGAAGAUUUCCAUGUUGUGGCUGGCAUCCACUGCAUUCUCCCAAAAUUCAAAAUGUAGCCACUGGUCCAAAAUAUAGGUGACCCUGCAGGUCUAUGCCAGGGCUGAAACUCCUUCAGUUCACCUGGUCCCAAGUCGUUCAGGUGUUUACAUGUUAGAAACAAGUCCUCGAAGAUGCCCCGGCAGGUAACUGACAGCUUCCUCAGCACAGGUGUAAUAUGUACUAUCCACUCAGCAACUUGGCCGCAGCAUCAUGUGCCAGAUGCAGCUUCUGAACCCAUCCCAAGGGACGUCCCACAUAGGGUGCAUUACAGUAGUCCAGUUGUAACAUUACCAACGCAUGCAUCGCCAUGGCCAAAGUAUUCCUGUCCCGGAAAGGGCAGAGUUGGUGCACCAACCUAAGGUGAAAAUGGGUGCUUCUGCCCACAGAGGUAAUCUGAAGCUCCAUUAAGAAAGACGGAUCUAGGAGCCCCCCAAAACUCUGCACCUCAUCCUUCAGAGGGUUCGCAAUCUCAUCUGGCAAUGGGGAAGUCCCCAACUUCUGGACCUGGAAACUGAUCGCCCACAAAGUCUCGUUCUGGCCAGGAUGAGUAUGAUGACUGCAAACCACUCGGAGGAUUUAUGACUGGCAAAUGCAAUAUAAAUUUUGUAAAACAGAAUGACAUUUAUUGGCACUGCUGUUAUCUGUAGGUUAACUGCUAGUUCUUAAUAUGGGUGGCAACUGGGAGAACAGGAUGAUGGACUAGAUGGGCCCUUUUGGCCUGAUCCUGCUGUGUCAGGACUAUUCUUGUGUUCUUACUGCUCCCUUACUUGCAAAGCCAAUGUGGUGUAAUGGUUAAGAGCGGUGGACUCGUAAUCUGGGGAACCGGGUUCGCGUCUCCACUCCUCCACAUGCGGCUGCUGAGUGACCUUGGGCUAGUCACACUUUUCUGAAGUCUCUCAGCCCCACUCACCUCACAGAGUGUUUGUUGUGGGGGAGGAAGGGAAAAGAGAUUGUGAGCCGCUUUGAGACUCCUGAAGGGGAGUAAAAGGCAGGAUAUCAAGUCCAAACUCUUCUCCUUCUUCCUCUCCUCCUCCUCCUUCUUCUGCCCCGUCUUCUUUCUAUCAAGCUGUUGCUCCACCUCGCAACUUGGCCAGAGGCCGCCCAGCCUGUCAGUCCUCCACUUCCCCCCAUCCAAGAGAUCCGUCAGCCGGCAAAGCUGUCGAUGGGAACUCUGACGGGGUCUUCAAUCAUGCCUCCUGCACCCACACCCAUCAAGAAUAUGGACCAUGGUGGCAUGUGGAAUUGGACGACCGGUAUGCUAUCUCCUCUGUGGUGGUGAAAAACCGUGCAGACUGCUGCAGCGAGAGACUCCUGGGAGCCCAGAUCCGUGUGGGAGACCACGUGAUUGACCAUGGCAAGUUCAACCCCCUGUAAGUUCCCGUUGCCCCUCCCCUCCCCACUUGUCCUUCAGCCAAGGCAUCCCAGGAGACACUCUCAAGAUCACCGCCUGCAGAUUCGUUCACUUGUAGCUCCUUUGUGGAUUCUGCCCAUAUUUCAAGACCUGCUUCUGUGUGGAAUGGCAAGGGCUAAUUCCUGCUCCUAGGUGGAAAGGCCUCUCUGAUUUCUCCACUUGGAUGCUUCACUGAUGUCUCAAUUUCAAUAAGUCCAAGACUGAACUUCUCAUCUUUCCUCCCCUCCCUCUUCUUUCACUCUCCCUCUUCCCUGACACUCCUGCCUUCUUCAUCAAGCAUGAAGCCAUGACUUCCCCUUGGACUCCCCUUUGGUUUGAAUCCUAUCCUCGAGAGUGAACAAGCAUGUUCCCUCCUCCAUGUGACAGUCCUAAGAUAGUGGAAGAAGGCUAUCAUCUCCUCUCAGUCACCUCUUUUCCAGGCUAAACAUACCCAGGUCCCUCAACUGUGCUUCAUAAGGCUUGGUUUCCAAACCCUUGAUCAUCUUGGUUGCCCUUUGUGGCGUUUGCCCUCCUAGGUGGGUCAUAAGGAAAGGGUUAAAUGAGUGUGAAGUGAUUGGCCAGUGGGAACCCAAGAGGAGGAGUUAGAGUUAGAGUUGGAGUUGUUUGGAAGUCAGUUGGGAGUUGGAGAAGGAAGAGCGAGGACAAGUCUGUGGGUUGGUCUAGUUUUGAUGUGAGAGUGAGUGAAACUGUUAGGAGGAGUCAGAUAGACAGUUGGGAUAAUCAGUUAGAAGUUAUUAGGAAGGUAUAGGCCAGUAUAGAAACUAAGGAUAAGAAACUGACAAGAAAAAUUAUCUGAAACCAUAAACCUGUUAAGGCUUAUAAAAUAAACUUGAUUAUUUGUUUUAAUGUUAACAACUGUCUGGACUCAGUGUGUACCCGACAGAAAUGGGUUGGUGGCAGCGGGGAAGUUAUCAUAGUGGUGGCACAGGGAUCAAUAGACCGUCAAACGUCCGGGGACCCUGUGUGAUGCCACAGCCUCCUCUGCAAACUUUCCAGCUUGUCAACAUCCUUCUGAGACUGUGGUGCCCAGAACUGGACACGGGACUCCAGGCAUGUUCUGACUAAGGCAGAAUAGAGGGGUACUAUUAUUUCCCUUGAUCUGGACACUAGACUUCUGUUGAGGCAGCCUAGAAAAGCAUUGGCUUUUUUUGCUGCUGCAUCACACUCUUGACUCAUGUUCAGUUUGUGGUCCACCAAGACCCCUAGAUCCUUUUCACAUGUACUGCUAGUGAGCCAGGGGCUCCUGCAGCCAUGGAAAUGCCUCAGAGGGUAGACGGAGUCAUUCUGAAUUGUUUCCACCCCAAGGUUGACCUCCCGUUUCUCUUUGUAGCUGUGGGACCAUCAACGAUUAUGGUCCUGGCUCCAUCAGCACCAUCAGUUGCCAGGGGAUGAAGGGUCGCUAUGUGAGCGUGAACCACUCUGGACUAGCUAUCCUGACCUUGUGUGAGGUGGAAGUCUAUGGAACAAAGUUGGAGGAUGAGUCUCAGGGAUAA